UAACGAUAUUAGAAACGAAAAUGAAAUUAAUGAAUUUUCUUCGUGUUAUUUUUAUAUUUCUUACUGUGUUUUCGGAAAUUUCGGCUCAAAAUUUUAAAAAACCAACAGUUUUAAUAACAAUUUUAAUACGUAAUAAGGCACAUACAUUACCAUAUUUCUUGACUUUCUUAGAACAAUUGACUUAUCCAAAGGAACGAAUAUAUCUCUGGAUACGUAGUGAUAACAAUAUUGAUAAAUCAAAUGAAAUAUUAUCUAUAUGGUUGAAUAAACAAGGUAGCAUGUAUCAUGGAGUUAAAGCAGAUCUUAAUGAAAAAUCGAACAAAUUCGAGGAUGAGAAUGGAAUUGCUCAUUGGUCAACACAAAGAUUUUUACAUGUGAUAAAUUUACGCGAGGAAGCGCUUAACGCGGGAAGAAACAUGUGGGCAGAUUUUAUUUGGAUGCUCGAUGCAGAUGUCUUUUUAACAAAUCCAAAUACUCUUAAUGAAUUAAUUUUGAAAAAUCAAACAGCAGUUGCUCCGUUGUUAAAAUCUGAUGGCUUGUAUAGCAAUUUUUGGGCCGGGAUGACAAGUGAUUAUUACUAUUUAAGAACGGAAAGAUACGAACCAAUCUUAUUUCGAGAAGAAGUAGGAUGUUUUAACGUGCCCAUGAUUCAUAGCGCUGUUCUUAUAGAUUUAAGAAAACAAAUUUCGGAUCAUUUGACGUACAACCCAAAAAACUUGUACGGAUAUAACGGUCCUACAGAUGACAUUAUAACUUUUGCUAUCAGUGCUAAUAGAAUCGAUGUACCAUUAUUUAUUUGUAACGAUAAUACAUAUGGGUUCAUCAUGGUUCCACUGGAAGAAAAAGAAACAAUCGUGGAAGAUCUACAAAGACUGACCAAUAUUAAGACAGAAAUAUUAUCUGACAAUAAUUAUCUUCCAUUGUCAAUACAUUUAAAACAAUUUGUACAGUACCCCAUAGAAGAUACAUUGCAAGUGGACAAUAUUUAUAUGAUAAAUCUUUUAAGAAGACCAGAGAGACGCAACAGAAUGCAUAGACUUUUUAAAGAACUCGGAAUUCGAGUGGAAACAUACAAUGCUGUUGACGGUAGGGAAUUAAACCAAUCUAGCCUUCAAAAAGUAGGGAUUGAAGUUAUGCCAGAAUACAUGGAUCCUUAUCAUAAUCGACCAAUGACUAUGGGUGAAAUUGGAUGUUUUUUAAGUCAUUACAAUAUCUGGAAAAAGGUAAGGCAAAAUCGUUUCAAAAGUGUUAUUGUCUUAGAAGAUGACGUGCGUUUUGAACCGUUUUUCCGACAAAAAGUGAAUUACAUUUUAGCAGAAUUAAAAAAUCUUAAAUUUGAAUGGGAUUUGGUUUAUCUGGGUAGAAAAAGAUUAGCAGAAGAUGCUGAACCUUGGAUUGAAGGAUCAAAAUAUUUGGUACAUGCUGCCUACAGUUAUUGGACAUUAGGAUAUAUCUUAUCUGCAAGUGGUGCAAGAAAACUAGUAGAAGCAAUGCCAUUAAAACGAUUGGUACCUGUUGAUGAAUAUCUUCCUAUAUUAUCCGAUGUUCAUCCUAGGGAAGAUUGGAAAGUAUACUAUCCAGAACGAAAUUUAAUAAUAUUUUCCACCAAUCCUUUAUUAAUUUAUCCAACACAUUACACCGGUGAACAAGGAUAUGUUAGUGAUACAGAAAAUUCUACGACUGCAUUUAAUCAUCAAAACAUAAGUAAAUCAGAACGAGAAGAUUUGUAAGUGCCAUAAAGAUUGCCAUAGAGAUUGUCAUAAAGAAAUGGAGGAAUAUUUAAAUAAUUCUUGUGCUGGUGAAAACAUUUACUUUUCAUGACAGAAUGUACUGCCAUUUAUGCUUAUAUUAUGAGAAUAUUAUUUAUGCAAGAAGUGAUACAUAUGAAUAUAGGAAUGAAAUAAUAUUUUGUAUCUUUUUAUUUAAUUUACUUGUAAUUAUGUAA